UUCCUCACAGCGGAAGGAGACGACGGAUCUCCUGCAGGACAAUGUGAGACACAGAGAGUUGAUCCAACGCAGUUAGCGAGCAGCCAGGAUGGAAGUGGGGAUAAUUUAACGCAUCUCUGUAGCUCGAUCUCGACCCGAACAUUGUUGGACACCCGUGUUUUUUAAUAUCCAGAGGAAGCGGCCGCAGCGAUGGGAAUACUGCGCUGAGGAGAGAGCGGGCGGCAGGGCCAAGAAACGGGAGAAAGAUGGGUGUCGUGCUGCGGAGCCUGUUGUUGUGUAGUUUUUGUUUUCUCAUACGAGGCGUGCCGCUGCUGCUAUAUGCAAACCGGCGAGACCUUCGGCUCGUGGAUGCGGCACACGAGAAGACCAACGCCACGAUAGUGGUGGGGGGGCUGGAGGAUGCUGCUGCCGUGGACUACGUUUACUCCCAGGGCCUCAUCUACUGGAGCGACGUGAGCGAGGAGGCCAUCAAACGCACCGUCUUCAACCUGUCGGGGGCCAGCGCGGUCCAGACAGUGGUCCCGGGUCUGGCCUCCCCGGAUGGACUGGCCUGUGAUUGGUUAGGGAGCAAACUUUAUUGGACGGACUCGGAAACCAAUCGGAUCGAGGUGGCGGAGCUCGAUGGGUCCUUGAGGAAAGUUUUGUUUUGGCAGGAGCUGGACCAGCCGAGGGCCAUCGCUCUGGAUCCAGAACGAGGGUACAUGUACUGGACAGACUGGGGUGAGAUCCCAAAGAUCGAGCGGGCGGGGAUGGACGGGACGAAUCGCUCCAUGAUCAUCAAUAAAGAGAUCUACUGGCCCAACGGUCUGACACUGGACUACAGCCAGGAGAAACUGUACUGGGCCGACGCCAAACACAACUUUAUCCACCGAUCCAACCUGGACGGAUCCUCCAGGGAGGUUGUGGUUAAAGGGGAGCUGCCUCACCCGUUCGCCCUCACCCUGUACGAGGACACACUGUUCUGGACCGACUGGAACACCCACUCCAUCCACUCCUGCAGGAAAGAGACCGGAGCCGAGCAACGCAUCGUCCACUCCGACAUCUUCUCACCAAUGGACAUCCACGUCUUCAGCGCCAAGAGACAAAACAUCUUAGCGAGCAGUCCGUGCUCGGUGAAGAACGGAGGAUGUUCCCACCUCUGUCUCCUCUCUCCGCUGAAGCCCUUUUUUCAGUGUGCGUGUCCCACAGGAGUCCAGCUACUGGAGGACGGGAAGACCUGCAGAGACGGUGCCACUCAGAUGCUGCUGUUAGCUCGGCGAACGGACCUGCGGCGCAUCUCUCUGGACAUGCCAGACUUCACCGACAUCAUCCUGCAGGUGGACGACAUUCGCCACGCCAUCGCCAUCGACUACGACCCCGUGGAGGGAUACAUCUACUGGACGGACGACGACGUGAAGGCCAUCCGCCGCUCCCUGCUGGACGGCAGCGACGCCCAGUUUGUGGUCACGUCUCAGGUGAACCACCCUGAUGGCAUUGCUGUGGACUGGAUCGCCAGAAACCUGUACUGGACCGACACGGGGACUGAUCGUAUCGAGGUGACCCGACUCAACGGGACCAUGCGCAAGAUCCUGAUCUCUGAAGACCUGGACGAGCCCAGAGCCAUCGUCCUGGACCCAGUGGCUGGUUACAUGUACUGGACCGACUGGGGCGAGGUGCCAAAGAUCGAGCGGGCUGACCUGGACGGUAUGGAGCGGCAGGUGAUGGUCAACACAUCUCUGGGCUGGCCCAACGGCCUCGCCCUCGACUAUGAAGAACGCAAACUCUACUGGGGAGACGCCAAGACGGAUAAGAUCGAGGUGAUGAACAUGGACGGGACGGGGCGACGGGUGCUGGUGGAGACCAACCUCCCCCACAUCUUCGGCUUCACUCUGCUGGGCGACUUCAUCUACUGGACCGACUGGCAGCGCCGCAGCAUCGAGCGUGUCCACAAACGCACCGCGGAGAGAGAGGUCAUCAUCGACCAGCUGCCUGACCUCAUGGGCCUCAAGGCCACAAAUGUGCACAAGUCCUUCGGUACGAACCUGUGUGCGGAGAACAACGGCGGCUGCAGUCACCUGUGUCUCUACAAGCCUCAGGGCGUCCAGUGUGGCUGUCCCAUCGGCCUGGAGCUCAUCGCCGACAUGAGGACCUGCAUCGUCCCCGAGGCCUUCCUGCUCUUCUCCCGCCACACCGACAUCCGCCGCAUCUCCCUGGAGACCAACAACAACAACGUGGCCAUCCCGCUCACCGGCGUCAAGGAGGCCUCGGCGCUCGACUUCGACGUCACCGACAACCGGAUCUACUGGACCGACAUCACUCUGAAGACCAUCAGUCGGGCGUUUAUGAACGGCAGCGCUCUGGAGCACGUGGUGGAGUUCGGUCUGGACUACCCUGAGGGGAUGGCGGUGGACUGGCUGGGGAAGAACCUGUACUGGGCCGACACCGGCACCAACCGCAUCGAGGUGGCCAAACUAGACGGGCAGCACCGGCAGGUCCUAGUCUGGAAGGAUCUGGACAGUCCGCGAGCUCUGGCUCUGGAUCCCGCUGAAGGGUACAUGUACUGGACCGAGUGGGGCGGGAAGCCAAAGAUCGACCGAGCAGCGAUGGACGGGUCGGGUCGGAUCACUCUGGUGGCGGACGUGGGCCGAGCCAACGGACUCACCAUCGACUACGCAGAGCGCCGCCUCUACUGGACCGACCUCGACACCACGCUCAUCGAAUCCUCCAACAUGCUCGGUCAGGACCGUGAGGUGAUAGCCGACGACCUCCCCCACCCCUUCGGCCUCACCCAGUACCAGGACUACAUCUACUGGACCGACUGGAGCCAGCGCAGCAUCGAGCGAGCCAACAAGACCAGCGGUCAGAACCGCACCGUCAUCCAGGGCCACCUGGACUACGUCAUGGACAUCCUGGUGUUUCACUCGUCCAGACAGGGCGGCUGGAACGCCUGCGCCUCCACCAACGGGCACUGUUCACACCUCUGCCUCGCCGUCCCCGUCAGCAGCUUCGUCUGCGGCUGCCCCGCCCACUUCUCUCUCAACUACGACAACAAGACGUGCAGCGCUCCGACUUCCUUCCUGCUGUUCAGCCAGAAAACAGCCAUCAACCGUAUGGUGAUCGACGAGCAGCAGAGUCCAGACAUCAUCCUGCCGAUCCACAGCCUGAGGAACGUCCGAGCCAUCGACUACGACCCGCUGGACAAACAGCUGUACUGGAUCGACUCCAAGCAGAACGUCAUCCGCCGCGCUCAGGAGGAUGGCAACCAGAGUAUGACAGUGGUGUCGAGCUCUCUGGGCGGACCCAGCCAGGGUCUGCAGCUGUACGACCUGAGCAUCGACAUCUACAGCCGCUUCAUCUACUGGACCAGCGAGGUCACCAACGUCAUCAACGUCACCCGGACGGACGGCAGCAGGGUCGGUGUGGUGCUGAGAGGAGAGCACGACAAACCCAGAGCCAUCGUGGUCAACCCGGAGAGAGGGUACAUGUACUUCACCAACCUGCUGGAGCGCUCUCCGAAGAUCGAGCGGGCGGCGCUGGACGGGACGGAGCGUGAGGUGUUGUUCUUCAGCGGUUUGGGGAAACCAGUCGCUCUGGCCAUCGAUAACGAGGUGGGGAAGCUGUUCUGGGUCGACUCGGACCUGCGGCGCAUUGAGAGCAGCGACCUCUCCGGAGCCAAUCGGAUCGUGAUCGCCGACUCCAACAUCCUGCAGCCGGUGGGUCUGACAGUGUUCGGGAACCACCUGUACUGGAUCGACAAGCAGCAGCAGAUGAUCGAACGCAUCGACAAGACGACGAGGGAGGGACGCACCAAGAUCCAGGCUCGCAUCGCCUACCUGAGCGACAUCCACGCCGUCCAUGAGCUGGACAUGAGGGAAUACAGUAAACACCCGUGUACCUGGGACAACGGCGGCUGCUCCCACAUCUGCAUCGUGAAGGGAGACGGGACGACUCGCUGCUCGUGUCCCGUCCACCUGGUGCUGCUGCAGGACGAGCUCUCCUGUGGAGAGCCUCCCACCUGCUCCCCGGAGCAGUUCUCCUGUACCUCCGGUGAGGUGGACUGCAUCCCUCAGGCCUGGAGGUGCGACGGUUACCCCGAGUGUGACGACAGCAGCGAUGAGGAGGACUGUCCCGUCUGCUCCGAGACCGAGUUCCAGUGCGACAGCCGGCAGUGCAUCGACCAGAGCCUGCGCUGCAACGGAGAGAUCAACUGUCAGGACCGCUCCGACGAGAACAAGUGUGAAGUACGUUGUCCUCCAGACCAGUUCACCUGCUCUAAUGGUCAGUGCAUCGGUAAACACAAGAAGUGCGACCACAACAUGGACUGUACUGACAACUCUGACGAGAUCGGCUGCUAUCCAACAGAGGAGCCUCCUCCUCCGUCCAACAACACCAUCGGCUCCAUUGUGGGCGUCGUCAUGGCGCUGUUCGUGGUGGGAGCCGUGUACUUCGUGUGUCAGCGCGUCCUCUGCCCGCAGAUGAAAGACGACGGCGAGACGGUCACCAACGACUUUGUGGUCCACGGGCCGUCGUCAGUGCCGCUGGGAUACGUGCCGCAUCCGAGCUCGCUGUCCAGCUCGCUGCCAGGUAUGUCCAGAGGGAAGUCUGUGAUUGGCUCCCUCAGCAUCAUGGGCGGGAGCAGCGGACCUCCGUACGACCGAGCUCACGUGACGGGAGCUUCGUCCAGCAGCUCGUCCAGCACCAAGGGGACAUACUUCCCUCCGAUCCUGAACCCUCCUCCGUCUCCUGCUACAGUCCGCUCUCAGUACACUAUGGAGUUUGGUUAUUCUUCAAACAGUCCCUCGACACACAGAUCCUACAGCUACCGGCCCUACACCUACCGCCACUUCGCCCCUCCCACCACCCCCUGCAGCACCGACGUGUGCGACAGCGACUACACGCCAGGACGCCGGGCGCCGCUCAAGUCCAGCGCCGCUGCCUCCGCCACCGUCGGCAAGGGCUACACCAGCGACCUCAACUACGACUCGGAGCCUUUCCCGCCGCCGCCGACGCCCCGCAGCCAGUACCUGUCGGCGGAGGAGAACUGCGAGAGCUGCCCGCCGUCGCCUUACACCGAGCGCAGCUACUCCCACCACCUCUACCCGCCACCGCCCUCGCCCUGCACGGACUCCUCGUGAGCCCCCCACAGUCCCCCUCUGCGCACAGCUCCACACCCCCCCUCACUGUAAAUAGCAAUUGUGCAUAUAUGAGGUUAAAAAUGGGAGACUGAUGAAGAGGAGGAGGAGGAGUGACACGCAGGACGAGAAAAGGAAACAAACGGGAGCUGCAGAACAUUUGUACAUUGAAAAAGAGAAAAAGCAUAUUUAUAUAUUUUCUAUACAGUGUUUACUGAUGAUGCCAUAGAGGUUUGUAUUAAGAAAUUUGUACAUUUUUUUAAGAAAAAGGUUUUAUUAAAAUCAUCACAAAUAUAAGUUGCCUUAAACCAGGAGAAAAAGAGGCUGAAGGACAAAAAGCACACAGCGGGACGUUUUAACUUAUCUGAUGCCAAAUAUGAAAAACAUCUACAGGAGAAAAAGAAGAAGAGGAAGAGCGCCCCCCGGAUGCUCGGCCGGCAGUGUCUGUAGUUACCAUGUAAACUGGAGAAAGGCCCGUGUGAGAACGUGGUACUGGGUCUUUCAUUUUUAAAUUUACCUCCUCAGUUACGAAACGGUUCGUAAGAUCGUGUCUGAUGCGGAGGUGAGUCAUGUGACCAAUCAGGAAGCAAUAACACGACGAGGCACAUAUUUAUUACCCGAUCAAUCAAAGCAGGAGCAGCUCUGAGAGUGACAAUGAGGCUGCGGUGGAUCAGACAGCAAGUUUGAUAAAAUUCUACGGAGGCCCUGAAGUGACAAAAUGUUUCAGAGACUUUUCAGGAAGUCUGAAGACAAUCGGCCUUCUUGGUUUGUUUUUGUGCGCUAAGAACAAGAGAUGUUAACGGUUAAUUAGCGGGCAUAUUUUUGACCGUUACUCAUGUCGUCUGUGGGUUAAUUCUGCUGCUCUUCAGUUUGUGGGCGCUAGCUAAAAUGGCACCAUGCAUUAAGCGAUUACUGCCAGUGACGCCAACUUGACCCAACUGUGUUGCUGUGGAAACAUUGUGCCCACCCUCCAGUCUCCUCCCACGUCACCCUGGUGAGUAAGCGCCUCAAUUUUGAGCUGCAAACUCCCUUUAGCAUCAGUUAGCUCUGUUAGCACCGUUAGCAAUGACAGCACAGCUAGUGGUGCUAACAACAAUGCUAAUUGGGUUACGCUGCUCCAAAUGAAACCGCUUACUCAUGACGUGAAUUUUCUCAGUAGGACAUGCUCCUGGAUCAACAUCCCACAUCGCUUUCCAGUACCAUCACUGCAAUCAACCAAUCACAGCCCUCUGACAUCAUCAAUGUGCUGCUACUGUGCUUCUUUCAAACUACCUUUGUGCUUCAUCAGAGCUAAGCAAGUCUUUCAAACUGAAGUUAGCACACCGAAACAAAAUCCUUCUAAGCCACUGCAGGGUUAGUGAGUUGGCUUGCUAAGUAGGCUGGCUAUGCUAACACGUAAACUUGCCAAUAGACUAGAAUAUCAGCAAGUAGGUUUGCUAACCAGGUAGGCUAUGCUAACGAGUGAGGAUUUAAUAAGCUAUAUAAAGGAGGGUAAAUGUGUUUAUUGCAGUUAAUUGCAACUGAAAAAUGAUAUAAUCCACACUCUUUGUUAGCGGACAAUAUUCUAGCCCAUUGGCAAGCUUACUGUUAGCAUAGCCUUCCAAGUUAGCAAGCUAACUCGCUAAUAUUCUAGCCUAUUGGUAAGCUUACUUGUUAGCGUAGCCCACCUAGUUAGCAAGCUAGCUCGCUAACCCUGCAGUAGCUUACAGGGUUUUUGUUCAUUACUGAGGAUUUUGUUCAGUUUUACUAACUUAAUUUCGGAAGCUUAGCUCUGAAGAACCACAAAGGAAUUUUAAAAGAAGCACAGGAGCAGCACACUAAUGAUGUCAGAGGGCUGUGAUUGGUUGAUAAAAAUGUUGGUCCAGGAGCGUCAUGAGGAAUGUUGAUUCAGGAACAUGUACUACUUGGCAAAAUCACGUUGUGCUUGGAGGGUAGCCACAAUGUUUCACAUACUGAAAUAAGCAGCUCUGCUAGCUAGGCUAACGAUGGCUAACAAGUGGAGACCGAAGGGUGGGCUGUGAGCGCUGUGCUUCACGCAGCUAGCUGGCUGUCCGGAAAGGUCGCUUGUAUUUGACAUCAUUUUUUCUAUUUUUGUUUUGUCUUUUAAAAUUAAUAGUCGUUGGCUAUUGAAAGCAAAAUUAACCAAAACUGGCAUCUCCACUAGAAACCAGUUCUUGCGUUUGUCCCCUCGGGGCCUCCAUACAGAACACUAAAACAUACAUUAUCCACUAGAUGUUAAAGAUCAGAUGUCACAUGACUCACGUCCUCCAAUCAUCGUGAUGUUCAGACGGGAUUUAAACCAAAACGUACGCUUGUGUUUCACAUGUUCUGUUCUCGUUGAGAUGCUCGACUGCAACUUGUGUGUUUGUGAGUGAAUCGACCCAAAGCUGCACAGCGAACACAUCAACUCUUUUCUGUUUUUAGUCUUUGUGGAGGACGCAGCGUUUCCCACCAUGAACACGAUCUUGUGCCUGACCAGUUCCACAUCUUCAUUACGUUUUUUUUUUUAUGUUGUUGUUACUUUGAGGAAAAAAAACACAAAGGAAACCAGUGCCCACUAAAUGCUAUAUAGUAUUUUUGUACCACAUAUUGUGUAGAUAACGUAUUUAUAAGCUAUAUAGAAAAUCAUUGUAAAUCUAUCCAUUGAACUCUUGCAGUACUUUUCAUUCCGUCUUUUUUUAUAUUGCCUCAUUAUAUUUUUCUACAGAGUUUCACUCAAAACGUUCGGCGACAAUCUCAGAUCAGAAGAACAUAUCCAGGUUUUUAGUGUCUGUUCAUGUUUGAAGGCUGUUUGUGCCAAAAGAAUCUGUAAACAAAGUGGAGGCAGAUGUUGGGACCAGAGGUGAAAACACGAGGCGGCUGUUGCCUUGAGUCAACAAUCAGUUUUGUUUUUUUUCUUUUGUAAAUCUGUUUGUGUGUUUGUGCUUCUCGUGACGACCAGAAAUAUAUUUUUCAAGAUAACCCGUUGCAUCAUCUGAUAAUCGUCGUCACGUUUUAACUUCCUGUCGUUCAGUUUCUCGUUGAGCUUCUGAGAAAAAUAACACCAGCAUGAAUCUGACAAUCUCAAUGUUUUACACAUCGCUUUUAUUAUUUCAUCAGUCCGACGUGUCUGUGACUCCAUUUUUAAAUAUCAUAUCAUUCAAAGCACAAACAAAUAUCAUCUGUCUUAAUGAGACAUUUUAAUUAAAAAGAAAUUCUGGAUAAAAUUCUGGAAAGUGAGAAUUAUCCAAGUCAAAUAAUGUCGCUGUAAUGACACUGUAAUAUGUAAUUUUUUACAGUGCAGUGACGUUACCGGCAAUCGGAAUAUCAAAUUAAAAUAUUGCUUUUGUGAACAAAAAACACCAAAUAUCAACGACGAUGUUUAGAGCUGGGUGUCGUCAUAAAAUCCUCGAUACAAGUAAAAUACAAAUCCUCUUUUUCAGUUUUGGCACAAAUAUUAAAUACCAUUUCAUGAUCUUUUACUUUAAGGAAUAUAUUAAAAGAAAAAGAAGAUUGAAUUAAACCGAAAUUCUCAAAUAUUUUGGCACAAAUGUACAUGAACGGGAAAAAUAUGUCAGUAACCGAAAAACAUAUAAAUAUUCAUGUUUGAUACCCAGCUCUAAUAAUCAGCCUUUACGUGUUUUUUUGUUUUAUUUAAUUGAAAUAUUUGCGUCAUCUUGUUGAAAUAAUAAAAAUAAUUCUCACUCUCUAAAGACAGAAAAUGGCAGCUGGUCUUUAUCAAAAAAAUAUAUUUGAUCCGAGAAACAGAAUUAUUCAAAGCCAACAGAGUUCUGCGAGAUAUUUUUGGUAUCUUGUGCACACAAUUUAUUAAAUGGUGCGCAUACAAAACAAUAACUGACAUUAUUUUUUUCUUUAAUUUAUCGUCUUGGCACACAAAUUAUUUAUUUGGCUGUAAAGUAAUUAUUUUGGGUGCAAAGGUUAUUAUUGUCUUGACUGCAAAUAAUUAUCCUGGGUGCAAAAGUUAUUGCUGUAGUUGACAAAUUAUAAAUUUGGAUGCAAAAGUUUUCUGUAAAUAUUUGAGUAGCAGUUAGUUUGCCGAAGGAAACUUUUGCCUUAUAAGGUAGUUGUAAGAAUUAAUAUUUUGUGUGCACAAGGUAUAAAAAAAAUUAUAUUUAUGGACUUUGGCUUUGUUGAUUUUCGACUCUGUAAUAUGUUUUUUUUUAACAGUGCAGUUUUACUGUGCAGAAAAUCUAAAAAGUCUAAUUUAUCUGAACAGAAACUCAAACCACCAAACACCAGUGACGACUCCAGUCAAACCUGGGCCAGAUCAUGAGUCCAUACACUUUUGGCUCUCUGCUGCCUCCGUACAUCUUCCGCAUCUGUCCACAUCUGUCCGCUGAGAGCUACCUGUGGUACAAUCACUGCUCGUCUGCACAUCCAGGUGUGUUUUCAGGCACAUUCACAUCAAUCUAUAAGAAUCAUUGUUGGGAGACGUUCUCAUUCUCUGACUGCACUUUACAGGACCUUUUUUUUUUUUUUUUUUAAGUUUGUUUCUGGUACAAAACUUCACAGUAAAGUUGUUAAAGGCGGACGUUUGGUUUGUUUAGAAGAGUCCAAAAAAAAAAAGAUGACGGAGACCUUUUCAGAUUUUUAUCGUCUGGUCGGUGUUGGGAACGUUUUGGUGAAUCGUUCCCUCGCUGUGCUUCUUUUAUACUCUCAGUUUACCUCAUGUUCCCUGGGAUUAAUAAUUUGUACCAUUUUUAAAAUUAUAAAUCAAACUCUUUUCUCUUCUGAGCAUUUUCUGUCUCUGCAAAGAGUUUUAAUGAGCCAAAUAAAAUCUGUAGGAUCACAGAAAAAUGUGUAUUUAGCUGUGAAACAAUCUUUGACGUCUAUGAUAUGGAAUAUAUGGAAGGUCAGAGAUGUCGGAAAUGUUGUGUUUAAGAUUUAAUGAAACUUUUAAAUCUGAAACGUUAGAGUGACAAAACUAUUAAUUGUAGAGGACUUGGUUUAUUUAAAAGGUACAAAUUAAUAAUUUGAGGGAACCAAUAAAAAUCAAGGGUACUAAUUAUUUUUUGAGAGUAUAUUUUAAAAAAAAGCACAUUAAGAAUGCUAAAUCCUGAUUUAAAGGGCUGAGUAUAAACUUUUUUGUUUCUAGAAAAACUCAAAUUUCUCAAAAGCUAAAAUUUAAGUAGUAAAAGAGAAAAUUCAAACAGCCGUAGGAGAAAUCUGUCCAAUAAAAUAUUGUUUAAUAUUUGCUAGCGAUGUACUAGUUUUGUUAUUUUUGGGGCAUUUUAUGUCUUUAUUUGCUGACUGACACAUUUAUGGUUGGCUUGUAAAACUUGAAACAAUUUUUUAUUUAGAAAUUUUGAUUGAAUUUUGAAAUUUUUAACUUAAAUCAGGAACUUUAUGAUCAACGUUUGAUUUUAACUACCUCUGUGUUUUGGACACAUUUCGCUCGGUACAAGUGUUUCCGUUCGAUACUCAGCCUUAUUAAACAGAUUUGAUAAUAAAACAAUAAAUUUGCGUGACACCAGAGAGAAAACGAGACAAAUCAAACGUGUGAAUCUGAACGUGACGUUAAAACAAACUGAAUUCAGAGUUUUGGACAUUUUGUACAAAAGUGACGAAGGUGGUUGAAAAGGGUCAAAGAACGUUGAAAUGUAAAAAGAUUGAUUCAUUUUUAUUUUUUUAUUUUUUUUAAAGCACUUUUGUCUCCAGGUUUUUUUAAUCGGAGGUUCGACAGGAAAACAGAAGUUCUUGUUGUCGUUUUUUUUGUUGUCCUUCAUCCGUUCUGCUCUCAUGGUGCUCUGCGAGGACGAACCAACGUUGGGUUCGUCGUGUUUGUUUAAUUUCCACUAACUGUACGUUUUUAUACGACGACUGCUUUACCUGUAAACCAGAGUACCAGAUGGACCUGUACAGCCCAUCCAGCUGCCACCAUAAGCUGUUGUAACUCAUGAAAUGCUGAUUUUUUUUCCUUUUUGUUAAAUAUAAAGUGAGUGAACUUUUAAAA